AUGGCCGAAAAGCGCAAGCUUCCGUCCCGGCGUGAGUCUGCAGCCAAAAGACGUGUCUCCGAAGCCACGCCGCAGUCUCACAAGAAAAAGGCGCCCACUCCUCGCGCUACAUCGCCCGAACUAGUUGACGCCCCUUUACCAACAAAAGUUAAGGAUGGAGAUAGCUUGCCUAUUGUCCGCAUGCGACAGCCGCUUUCCUUGCCGGACAAUGAGUACCAGUCAAUCGCCCAAAGUGCAGUCCUCCUUGCUUCACUCGAACGGUCGAAGAAAAAGUGGCUGAGCGAUGGCAUCCUUGUUCGAUACUACACUAAGCCGAAAAAGACGAAGCGCGAACAGACCGAGAAGAACAACCCAUCAAAGGACACUAUGACAAAGAUUGGACCAUGCGAUGUCACCAUUGGUCCCCAUUUCUUUGAUGCCAUGAUUUACAUUGUCAAAGAUCCCAGUGCGCCGGCGGCACUCCAAUAUGCACCCUCGCAACGACCGAUGGUUCACUAUGGCCACCCUAAUAACUUCCAACAAUACCGACCGUAUCCAACCCCAUCCAAUCAACAACGACCUGCGCAAUAUUCUCCUGCUCCUCCGGGUCGCCCUGGGUAUACAGGCAGCCACCCCUCACCCCAGGCAGCUCGUGACCCGAAUCAACCCUCCCCUCAAGGAGGACAAAAGCCACCACAAGGACCAAAGGGCCAGCCUGCCAAGCCAAGUCCGGACCCUGUGAUUCAAAUGCUGGCUACAAGGGCAGCUGCAGACCCUGAACUGAAGGCCUUGAUGCGUGUUGUUGCCUCAAGCCAAGCAUCCCAGGAGCAGCUCCGCGCUUUCCAAGCGCACAUCGACGAACUCAACGCAAUCAUCAAAUCAAGAGAGCAGCAAGAACAACGGCAGCAAUCGUCAACAGCACAACAAAUCACACAACAGUCAACCCCUACGCCACAAACUCAGACUCCAUCCAAAGCUUCCAAGCAGCCACCCGCAAAGACGGAGGGCCAGCCUGAGACCCCUGCUCAAGCUCCAGCAAGCCAGGCUCCUAAACCGCCCCAGAGCGCCACUGGUUCGAGCACCAUCAAGGAAGAACAAUCAGCCGCAGGGCCCAAUGGCUCCAAACUUGUGCCGUCUGAUGGAGGGCGCCCCGUGGCACCGACCCAAUCAGCGACUUCUGGUUCUGCAAGCAAUCCAGCUCCUGCUCCUAUCUCUCAGCAGCAGACUUCUGUGGUAAACCCGACACCACCAGGAAUUGCUCCACAGCCAGGAGCACGACCGGGACCACCAUAUGCCCCCCACCAACAACCUUCUUAUGGGUCACAACCUCCACUACAGUCUCGACCACCCCAAUUUGGUACUCCUGUUCCAUUCCCCCGUCCACCUCCAAUUCCUUACGUCUCGCCACUUGGAUCCCCACCAGUAAACUAUAAGUCUGUGGUUUUCGAAUUCACAUCUCCCUUAACUCCAUAUGGAAGCAGUACCUCGGGUCACGCCGGUUCGGGUGACCGCUAUCUUUUCCCUGAGUACACCAUCUUGGAAUGGCUCCCAGCUGAGAACACGGUCAUCGCCUCGUUUCUGGUAGUCCGGAAGGUGGCCCCAAAUACACCAUUCCCUCUUGAAACUGCCACAGAAGCUGCCAACUCCAAAAGCAAAGGCAAAGGGGCAUCGAAAACUAAGAAGAGUGAACCAAAAGUCAAAGCCGACAAGGGAAAACUGCCAACUGAUACCCCAACCCCCAGCCAGCCAGGCACGCCUACACCUGGAACUCCACAAAAGCAGGAACCCACCGACCAAACAGGUAUUCCAACCCCCAGCCUCCCAGGGACUCCUGCCAAUGAGGCGAAUCUUAAGGAAUACUGGCAACCCGUCACUUUCCGUAUCCACGCCCCCAAUGCCAAAAUCCUCGAGCCUCUAGCCCGGGUCGUCAAGCCUGCCGACGAGGUGCGCAAAUAUAUGAACGAUAUCAUGGACCGCGCCGAACGUGCGCCAGAUGGCUACCUGGCGAUGCGUCUGCCUCGCGAGUCAGCAUCAGAAUCCUUCGAAAAGGACGGGACACCUGCUUCUUCUGGCAAUUUCGCUACCGGCACCCGCAGUCGUCUUUCCCGUGUUCAGCUCGCUGGCGACGAAUCUGAGGUAGAGGUUUCUGGUUUCGAAUUCGAGGAGGAUGAAGAAGAUCUCAAAGAUUUCUACGAUGCGCCGAGCGGGCUACCGCCAUUGAAAGCAUGA